AAGCUUCGAUUGAUUAAAGGUGCUCGGAUGGCUUGACACUUGAUAUGUGGGGUUGUAACUAGCCACAGGUGGCUUGCUCAACUUUGCUUAUUAAACCUUGGAAUUCCAAGAUUUUGCCAAGUCUCAGCUGCUAGGAACGCUACAUGCCAAGAAUUCAGCGACCAUAGUUCUUCAUUUAAUUCAUGUCGUCAGAAAUUAAUUUAUACCUUAGGUAGGUACAUAAUGACAUAAACUCUAAUGCUAUCGGAAAUAGCACUACUAAAUUCGAAAGAUACUAGUAUCUGACAUAACAUCUGUAAAUUAACGAUCAUAUCCUCUGUGCUCUCCGUUGACAAUUGAAAUUCUAUGAUGUAGCCAACAAAGCUAUAAGGAAUAAAAAGGAAACCUACCUCGGUAGCUUCUGCUAGUGAUACAAAGCUUAGCCUAGCUCAGGCUACACAUAGAGAAUCCUUCUCACCAACUGUGACUCAAAUUCCAAGUUAAAUAGUCAUCUCUUUAACACUUCGACCUUAUCAAUUACAUAAAGUCUUCCUGUCCUGAUACUAUAAUACAUAUCAUACCUAAAUCCCCUAUUAGCGAUCAUGACAACUGAAGAGCAGCCCAAGAUUAAGCUCUACUGGCUGGAGCAAUCUCGCGCCCAGAAUAUCCUAUGGCUUCUCGAGGAACUCAAUGUGACUUACGAAAUUGAAACAUUCCAUCGGGUGAACAGAUUUGCUCCUCCCGAAUUGAAGAAGAUUCAUCCGUUGGGCAAGUCACCCACAGUUACGAUUACCCCUACGGGUUCUACGGACUCAGUCGUGCUGGCCGAAAGCGGGUUCAUUGCUCAAUAUUUGAGUGAACAUUUCAGUCAAGGAACCACCAUGAUGCCCAAACGCUGGAAGGACGGCCAAGAGGGCAAGGCUGGUGGUGAGACAGAGCAAUGGCUCCGGUGGCAGUAUUACCUUCAUUACGCCGAGGGAUCUUUAAUGCCGAUGCUCUUCCUAUCAAUGGUCCUAGGAGCGCUGAAGAGUACCCAAAUUCCCUUCUUCAUCCGCCCUAUUACAUCCAUGGUCGCCAAUCAGAUUUUCAAAGGUCUUAUCUUUCCUAAUGUAAAGGCGCAAUUGGAAUUCCUUGAGCAGCAGCUAAAUACUUCCGGAGGCGAUUACCUAUGUGGACCGGAGCUCACGGCUGCGGAUGUGUUACUCAGUUUCGCAUUGAUUUCGGCGAAAGAUAAAUUCGAGACUUUCGGGUCAUGGGAGGCUGGGGGUCCUAAAGCAUUAUUCCCCAAGUUCUUUGCAUACAUCGACAGGCUAGAGAAUCAUCCCGGUUAUCUGAGAUCGGUUGAGAAGGUUAAAGAAAUUGAUUCGACUCUGGGUAUCAGAUUUGAGACAUAAUCAAAUGUGGAGGGUGUUCAUUAAAAUUCGCAUUCGUUCCUAAGGGUUGCGAUGAUGCGAAUUUUGUACGACGUAUUCAAUCCCGAGGUGCAAACGACAUUUCUGAUUGGCUGAAAACGAAAAAAUUCACAAUUUGGGGCGGGAGCUGAGAAUGUACAUCUGCAGUAGCGGUCAACCUAACAAACCUGCAAUAAUAAGAAGUGAUUUCGUCAGUGUGCA